CGUCGUCCAGAAUGCACGCGAUGAGGAUACCACGAAUAUUCUGGCUUGUCGCCGCAUGAUAAAAAUGUACCGUGCGUGUUGUUCUUCAUAUUACUAUUCCCGUUUACGCUAUUUUUCAAGUAAAAAUAUAUCCAGUAUUUUACCGCAAUAAAUCUAAGCCCAGCUGCAACUCUGUAAAAAUAAAAACUGUCAGGCGCGCGCGGUCGAAACUCCCAACUUUCAAAUACAAGUUACGCACCAUCGCACGACUGUAUUUCGAGGACUCGUGUGAAUUUGCUAGCACUUCGACGGAUUCGUUACAUAUUCAAAGUUCUUUUGUUUCGAGCGGCGGGAAAAUUUCUGUCGUUCUGAUUUCCCGUCUCCAUCGCCAAACGAUCGGCCGUUUUUUGUUUCGGGGAAUUUAUUCCCUCGUACACUUGUUCGUAUCAUCAUAUGUCCGUGAAUUAGUGACAAUUUCAAUCGUUAUUUACCAAGUUCGAGUAAUAAUUCUGUUUACCUGCGCUGUGCACGCGUGUGUUAUAUAUAUAUAUAUACAUAUAUAGGACACUUCGGGUGAAUUCCGCGGUCAGCUGCUAGAUACAGAGAGUCUUGUAUUAUACCGUGCUGCUAUAUCACUGCGGUAAACCGCCUCCUCUCAUCGUCGGCAAUGUAGCAAGAAGAACGAGAUACAGAGCAGAGAUUAUUCGUUCCCGGGAGUGUCUUCGAGUUGUAUCUUCUUCUGUCCACCGUGAAAAUUCAUCAUAUAUAACAUAGGAUGCAGUUCCGUAUUUCAUCCGAGGGAUGACAGGACUCGCGAUUUACAUUGGGAGGAAUCGAGUACAUUCACCGUAAACGUUGACUGAAAACGUGAUGGACAGGCGGCUUUCGAAGUGUUGGAUAAUUAUACGGAAUAUAUAUAAGCUACAAGGGUUUGGCUAUUACUCGACGGCAUAACUCUGGAUUAACCGAGGCGUAUGUAUAUAUACAUGCACCCAUAUAUACACGUUGCUGUGCGGAGGAAGAGGAGCAGAUGAAAUAAUGAAUGGACCAAAUUGAGAGAUCGCUGAUGUCGAGUGAUAAAGAAAAAAAAAAAGGGAGAGUUUCUCGUUGAAGGAAAAAAUAAAUAAAUAAAUAAAAACGGAAGAUAUUAAAGAAAAAGGCAAAGAAUUGGAGAAAGAUGGAGAUUCUGAAGAACGGACACGAGGAAUUCGUCACCGUUGUUAGCGUUGGCAACGCGGAUGCCGCGGAAUUGGAGAAUUUCGUGACUGUCUUGUCGAUCGGAAACGAGACGGAUAAUAUCGACGGGGUUAAAAAACGGUCCGAUAACGAGAACGGCGCUCAAGUCGACGAUGAUCGCGAGGAGAGGAACGAGGCCAUCGGACCCGAGGCACACCCCGAAGAAGAGGUCGACGUUUUCAGACUCCCGGGGGAACGGCUGGGGUUCGGGCUGAAAUUCGAGGGCGGUAACAAGACCUCGGAGAAGGUCAGGAAGCUCUUCGUUCAAAGCUGCGCUUCCGAGAGUCCCGCAAGCCGGGCGGUAUGCUCCUGGGGAACACUUGGCGAAGGAGACGAGGUGCUGAGCAUCGACGGAGUACCCGUGACGGAAAUGACGCGUUUGGACUGCGUACGAAGGCUGAAGGAGUCCCAGCUCGUGAUAAAGCUCCUGGUUCGUUACAGGGGCGCUUUGAGGCCCGAGGUUGUUAGCGCGGAGCGUAAAUCUUCACCGGAGAAAAGGAUCGGCAAAGUUCCGCCGGAACUUCCGGCCGCACCGCCUCCGGUUCCGCCGAGGAAAUUGCGUCAGCCUCGAGGACCCGCCGACGGAGACGCUAAUCCGAGUCCGGUGCGGAAACCGGUGACCUGGGACAGUCCGAAAUCUACCGGAUCCUCGUCAUCGUCGACGUAUAAUUCCACGGAGGAUCAAUCCACCGUCAGGAGUCAAGGAUCCUCUUGCAGCAAGUCGGCUUCAUUCGAAAGUUGCAAUUCCGCCGGCUCGUCAAAGUCAAACUCGAAGAAUUCAAGCCCGAAUAAAAAUUCAACGACGACGAACAACGUUAAAACCCAAUCUCCAGAUAUGAACAAGUCUAGACUUCAGGAACCCGCCGAAGCUUUGGUUUACCUGGACGCUCGUUCCCACGACGGUUGCAGCAGUACUCAAGGCAGCACAUCGGACGACACGGGGAGUUCAAUGUCGACGGUUAUCGAUCGUUUCUCAUCCUCGGAUCGUUUCUCGAUCAAGUCGACAACCUCGACGGCGUCAACGGCCUCGGAACACCCUCAAAACCCGCACCUCCAGGUUGUCGAAAAGGAAAUCACGCCGCCGGCGACGAAUCAGCAGCAGAACAUAACCGAGGCUCCGGUUGAGAUAUCGGCAGCGGACAACGUUGACCUGGUUCGUCUUCUCGCGCCGUUCGAUCAUCUGGAAAGAGAGUUCGGCUCCAAUCCUCCGAGUAGCGAUUACCUUCUUGCUCGGCUGGCAAACUCGGAGGCUGUUACCUUCGUCGAGUCCCUCGGUGACGGGGGUGACGGCGUCGUCGAGAGGGUGACGGCCGUCGUAGCGCCAAACACCGUCCUCAUAGAGGAGACGAUCACCCUCCAGCCGCCACUCAGCUUCCAGGAUGCGCCGCUCAGCUACGGACACGAGACGAGACCGGGACUCGUUUAUACCGAUCUCGCUGCCGACUCGACGACACACUUCAGGCCCAUCAAGGACGACGCCCUUGUCGUCGAAUGCGUCAAUGGUAACGUCGAUCAGGUCGUCAGGGACGAGGGUCCACCACUUCCGGCACGGAACAACCACGUGAAUAGGAUCAGCGUUAAUCGGGACACCUCCGAGGAACCCGCUCCUGCUCUUCCCCCGAAACCUAUGCCCAGAAGGGACGUUAAAGCGAAGAGGAAACGACCACCUCCUCCGCCCCCGCCACCACCGAGACGCGAUAUUCAACCACCUCCGGAGACCAAGGGGGAAUUGGAAGAGGAGUCGCGGACUACCGAGUCCGGCGAUGUUGAGAAGAAGGAGGAGGGAUCGUCGAGUGAAGGAAUUGGGGAGGAGGAGGAAACGCGAGAUGUGAUGAGGAGGAAGAACGAGAGGAAUCUAGAGAUUUCUGGUACCAACAAGAUCAUGGAAAUAAUCGAGAUGAAGAAGGCGAAGGCUAUGGCUGAUGGUACCAAGUCGAAGGAUGACGUCGACUCGGAACUGAGCGAGAAAGUGACCGUGGCCGAGGAGGACGACAAGGGCGACGACGAGGAAACCGAGACACCCGUCGACGGGCGCAAGGAGGAUGAAAAGAUCACGUAUUGGUCCCUCGACGAGGUCGGCAACGAGCUCAGGAACUCCGAGUUCGCUGAUACCAUCCUCGGGGAUGCCGAGGUGUGCAACGAUGACGAGGAUUCGACCGACGAUAGUGACGGCGACAGUUACUACUGGCAGAGUAAUUUGGCGACGAUAGGCGAGGAGGAGGAAACCAACUCGUUGGAAUUCACGAACGCCAACCGGAACCUCGAGUGCAGCGAAGAGGAUUCGACUCAUCUGCGGAAAGGCGACGAUCAGAGUUCAAGAAAGGUGAAUUGCGUCCUGCAGGAUCAGCAGCCGAAGACCGAUUCCGUGGCGAAAGAUGAAGACGAAGUUGACUGUCUGAGGCGAGACGCGAUAAGUCCCAAUACGGGCGAGGUGCGGGAGAAGGAGUUUUCGAAAUCGGGUAAAGGCCCGGUAAAUGGUAGAAUGGAGAGCUGCGGAGGCGGGCAACGCCUACCACCCGACGGGGAUGAGUUCCCUGCCACCUACCAAGAGUUCAGCUCUGCUCAGCAGCAGCACCAGCAUCAGCAGCAGUACCAGUUUGUAGCCGGGUCUAGGGUGUCGUCGACCCUGGCCUCGUCAAACGGCGAGCAGCUCGUAACGAGCGGGGAUACCGAGGUAUUCUCGAGCAGCGAAACGCUGAAGUUGCCCUCCGCCAACGACAAGAAGAAAAUCAUCGCGUCGUCGAGCGGCUCGUCAUCCUCUAACGACUUCAACUGCGAGGAGAAGACGAUCCUGCUUCAGGAUAGCCGCGUUUUUAGCCUCAGGAGCAGCGUGCAGAGCUCGCAUUCGCCCGUUGUACUCUUCGCUUCGUCAUCGGAAACCCCGGUCGUCGUUCCCAAGGACGUAAAGAUAACGAGAAAAAUCAACGCGGCUCCGAAUUCCAUGGACGAUUCUUACUCGCUAUUCAACGGUUCGAACACCGAGAAAAAUAUCAUUUCGGAAAAAAUCAUCACGAUCAAUGUUCCCAAAGGUGGUACCGAAGCGGAAUUUAUUACGGAAACCGGACCGCCUCCGUUACCGACUUCCAGACCACCGAAGGUCGACGGUUUCCCGACGUCGUCUUCACCAGUGGUCGGGAAAGGUGUUUUGCGCGGAAGUCAGCAGCAGCAGCAAUCUUCUUCUUCGCGGAAGUUCUCGCUGAACGGUGACCUCUGGCGUCAGGACGACAAGUCGGAGAAAUCUGUCAGGGACAAGAUCGCCAUGUUUUCGUCCCAGAGCAGUCUGGAGGCUCCGCUUUUCCCGAGUAUCACCGUUUCAUCGUCGACCUCGACGACGCCGACGAUCCGUCCCAGCUCGAGACGUCUUUCGAAGUACAAAUCGUCGGAGGACGUAUUCGCCGAAGAUGCCAGGAACUCGCCGAGGGAUAACAACGCCGCGUUCUCCGAACGAACCCGGAGUUCCUUCGACCUCUCGAUACCCUCGCCCAACGAAAAUUACGACGCGCCUCCUCCCAGUCUGCCCCUCACCUCGCCUCCAGCUUCACCGGGGGUUAAAACCACUCCCGGAUUCGCCGUAGUCACGAAGAAGAUCCCGGAAGACGCGCCGCCGGAACCGAAUCCGAAAGCGAACCACUCGUUGCGCCAUUCGUCCUCCUUGGAAUUCAAGUCCGGUGCGCCAUCCGGUGCUUCGGUAUCGCCGAGCGUUUUGCAGGGUCCGAAAUCACUCGCGGGACUCUCCGCAUCUCCGGUUACGCCUUUAUCCACGACCUUGACCAGGGCUACCAGCUUCUCCGGCAGCUCGGCCAACCUCCAUUCCCGUUCACAAUCACUCAGCGAAUUGCCUCCCAGUUCGCAAAUAUCCAGGACCAACUCUCUGGCAUCCACGUUCAAGAGACCAAACGAAGACAUGAGGAGGACCAGUCUCAACCAGCUCAUUGAGCAGCGCAGAAAGGGAAUACGGAAACUGAGGGGCCUCGUUAUUCCCGAGAAGGAAGCGCUCCCUGUUUCUCAACCGAUCGUUCAGGACUUGCCCGAAAUCAAGUCCAGGGACUCGAUCAUUCUGCAACAGCUUCCCAGAUCAAACCUGCAAGACAAAUGGGGAUCCCAGAGUUCGAUAUCGAGCAGCAUAAGUACAAUAAGUGUCCCGGGAAAGAUAUCCUCGUUCAAAAUGCCGGAGCCCCAAAACCUUCCGAAAUACUCCCCCGCGUUCAAGCGUAAGAGCCUGGCGGUUUACGGAACCUCGGGAACCUUGACGCCUGGGAAAAACUCCUCAUCCACAACUUCGGCUCCGUCCUCGGAGGCCCCGAAGAGUCUCGAGUCCAUCUGCAGCCCAACAAGGAGCGACUUCAGCUUCGAAUAUUCGCCCUCCGAUCGGUCACCGCGGUCCAGAGCGAAUCUGCGGAAGGCAAGAACGGACUACGACGACUCGGACAACGACUCGGCGGUGAGCAGCUCUCAGAGCAGCAUCUCCAGGGGUUUCAGUCCCCCGGUGUCUCCGGUUCCGUCCGAGAGGUCAACGCUCUCCUCCGAGCGAUCUUACCUCUCCAACGAAACAACAACAACAACGUCGACGAACUAUCUCCAGGUCCGUUCCGAACAUCGGGCAGCCACCCUCGAACGCUCCCAGUUCCUGACCAGACCCUCCUCCUACAGUCAAGGAUCAUUCUCCGAGCGUUCGUCCUCCAGCAGCAGUAGUCCUGACCCAAGGUCUCCGCAGCAGUCUGGUAUGUACUCGAGAAACGGACUGCAGCAUCUCGCUCUGAAGAGGUCCAGCAGCACUGACACAAACUGCAGCAGUUCGUCGACUCUUACCUCGGGUUCUCAGGCCUCCGCCGAGUCCCUGUCGCGUCGAGUCCUCAAACCGCAGAGCGUCGAGGCGAUCAACAGGAAGAACAUUUUGGCCAGUGCCAGGUGUAGAAGCGGCGGUGAUCUCAACGGCUCUCCGCAGCUUAUACAACGGAAGUUUUCCGACGACGAGGAUCCGGCACCAGCAACCUCGAAGUUGGCCCUGCAGAAAAACGGAGAUUGCGUAGCUACCGAUGAUGUUAAAAUUGCUUACAUAGAGGUGACAGCUGAGGAAGACUCCCAGCCGAUCAGAGGUUCCGAGCUUCUGGAGCCGUCGAACGAGAUGAGGAAGUGGGUGAGGUCGGAGGUCAAGACUGUGGUGAACAACCGGGUGGAGAAGGACGACGAGUCGAUAACCGCGGAGAAAAAGAGGGCGGAGAUCGAGGUACAGGUCAGGACACCUCGGCGAAGGUCAUCCCUUGCCGUUGCCGAGGAGAAGGCUCAGGUCAUUCCGGUAAUUGAAUCCGACCUCGAAAGCUCGAAACCGCGUUCGAGGUCCAGUAUGGUGAUCGACAAGAGCGCUCCUGACUCGCAGAACGAUCUACUCACCGUUCUUUCGACUCGGGGUAGAUCUCGCACGGCGAUCCAUAUCGAGGAUCGCUCUUUCGGUAGAUCGCGGAGUCAGAUGAGCCUGGAGGAGAUCCUCGACGGAAAGGCGGAGGAGGCUGCAACGCCGUCGGGAACUCCGAGCAGGUCUUGGAACAAGGAUAAAGGAUUCGCCUCGAAGAUACCGACCAAGGUUGUCGAACGGGUUGCGGAGGACGAGUCGCCGAAGAUAGCCUCGAGGAUCCCGACACCUCGAAGCAUGGGGCGCAGGAGCGCCAGCGUGACGGACGUUAAGAAGACCGUGGAGAAGUCUGAGGCUCAGGGACUUAACCAGCAGCCCCCGAUUCCUUCGGGAAAUUUCCACGGGCGUUUUUCGAGCUUGGACAGCAGCAGCGGCGAUAUUGAUACCGAGAGGUAUUCCGCUGCGAGUGAACAGUUCGGAAGCAUAAGCUCAUUGGCCAGCAGUACGAGCCUGAUUUCGCAACAGGAACUCGCCCAGCUCGUCGAAGAGGCGACUCUGGAGGAGGCUCGCGGCGCCCACGACGUUAUCGUGGUUCUUUAUCACAAGGAGAACCCAGCUGGUAGCGUUGGGAUAGCCCUCGCUGGCGGCGUCGAUUGCGAGACCAAGGAAAUCACGGUGCAUCGCGUUCUCGCCCAUUCGAUUGCCGACAAGGAUGGAAGGCUUCAACGGGGUGACAGGAUACUCAGCAUCAACGGACGCAGCACCAAGGGACUCACUCACCGCGAGAGUCUCGCUGUUCUGAAACAACCACGGUCCGAAGUUGUUCUCGUCGUUUCCAGGGCCAGAGACGACUUUGGGGUUAGAUUGAGGUCCAGGACCGAGAGCGUCGAGACCAUCGUCGAAGGGUCAGAAAUGAACGGCUCUUCGGACGAGCAGACUGCAUGGGGUCCACCGGCGACUGUUGCCAUCUUCAAGGAUGGGGCUGGUCUAGGUUUCAGUUUGGAAGGUGGCAGAGACAGUCCGCUGGGCGACAGGCCGUUGAUAGUGAAGAAGAUCUUCGCUGGUGGAGCUGCUGAAAAAACCGGCGCGCUUAGGGCAGGCGAUCAAAUGCUCGAGGUGAACGGACACGACGUUACAAGAAUGUCGAGGAUAGAGGCAUGGUCCCUAAUGAAGAAGCUACACGACGGCGAAGUCAGCCUCCUAGUCAGACAUCCUGCCACCAAAUCUUCAUCGUAGAUGUAAAGGUCAACGAGAUGGAGAGAAGAAAAAUAGGGAAUAACAAAUAUCCUAGUAGAAAUAUUUACGAAUCUCGACGGAACGGGUUUGCGUUUACUUAUUUGUUUGUUUUUCUUUCUUUUUUUUUCUAUUCUUCCUCUUUCUAAUUCGCUCCAAGCGAUGUAAAUAAAUGUGAUUUGUCGAUGGAUGUACAGUUCAUUCUGAUUGUGAGUGUUUAGCAAUCGUAUAGUUUUGAACAGUGAUCUGAAGGUUAUUUUUUUUUUAUUUGUUUCUCAUUUUGCAUAAACUAAUUAAUCCAAAUUUCUAUUUCUACGGUGUGGUAGGAUUUUCCUGCAAUCGUUUCUUUAAAUCGUCUUUCCACUGAUAUCGAACCAGUGUAUCCGUAUUCAAUGUUACAACGAAUAUCAUAACACACCUAUAAUAAUAAUAGUAAUAAUAAUGUUGAUAACUGUUUACGAAAUUAGACCCGGGGAAAUAUUUUAUAUAUUUUUACGAUAGAGAAUUCCACAAUAAAUACCGAGUUUGAUAUGUUCGUGCGAAAUGUAACUCCGAGUUGAAUGAUAAUAACAAUAGCCAGACUAUCAGUAACUACGAUAACAAUAUUAAUGAUAAUGGUGGACCAUAGUAAUAAAACAACGAUAUCAUACCGUACACCUAUCGGUUAAACUUUCCAAACGCGAAAUCGCGAUUAAUUCAUUAUAUUACAUAUUAUAAUUAGCUUUUGUUUUGUUAUACUAAAACAUUUUGUUAACAGAAUUUAUAGCGAUAGAGUGCUGGCAGUGCAAUAAUAAUUAUCGUUGUAUAAAAAAAGUAUGCAAACGUGAAAGAGAGAGAGAGAGAGAGAGAGAGAAAGAAGGAAAAGAACGUUUUUUCUGGAAGUGUUUAUAUAAUGAAUACGGCUACUGAAAAUAAUUCAGGUUUAAUUGCAAUAAAUACACGAAGCGAUAGAAGAUUUUAAAUAUAGUGCGUACGAUUACCGGUUUUUGUUUUUUAAAUGUAAAUUGUAAAUGAAAGCCGUUAUAUACAUAUUAGCGAGAUAUUUUUUUACUCAUCAUUUUGUACUAUCCCUAUAUAUUUGAGGAACACGGAAUAGUGUGUCCAUAUUUUAUUACUUGAAUUUUCGCUUUAUGGUAAAACCGUCUUGCGGAUUGGAAAUUUUUUGUAGAAUCGAGUGAGAUACGAAGCACAACGGACGAAAGGUUGAUGUGAGGGUAUUAAAAUAACACGUUCACCGUGAUUUGUUGGUACCGGAAGACAAUAAAAUUCUGCGUCACGAAUGAUGCAUGAUAUGUAAUUUGCAUAAUAUUAAUACUGUUGUUCCUGUAUUCAACACUUGCGAUUGUCACAAGUGCUGACGUACGGAUAUACAUACAAUUAUUAGGUAGUUAUUGCUUUAUUCUGAGUGUAUGAAUAACUUGUUUCUUCCGUUUGUCAGUAACAAUAACUUUUGUACAUAUAGCGACUGAGAUAUAAGUAUUUGGUUGAAAUAACGAGUAAUAUAAAAGAGCGUCGAAAAAACGAAAAGGUUGGAAAAAAAAACAACAAAAUAUUAUUAAUAUAAGAAAAAAUAUUAUUAUAUUAUUGAUAUUCGCGUAUUUAAAUUCAAAAUCAAUGGUUCUUUCCGGAUGUGCGUUUGUGGAAAAACAUCGUGCUGUGAUAUUCUGUGUGGCGAUGUUCUUUGGCAUUUCACUCAUAAUUGCUUAUCGAAAUAUAAGAAUCCUUUACUAUUAUCAGCUAAUCCAAUUUACGUUACUGUUCUGCUAUGUUACAUUAUAUGUAUGUAUUAUUCUGAAAUUUCAAGGUUUAGUGCAGGUUAUCGUUUGUAGCUAUCCGUAAUAACAAUAAACAAAAUUUCAUUGAAAACAAAUAAAUAAAAAAAAAAAAAAACAGCAUAAGAAAUCGAGGACAUGUUUGUACAUGAAAUGACUAAAUUUUAUAUCUCACAGUCAACAUCGUACACAGGUUUUACAUUAUAUGUGAUUAUUCACAAAAUGUUUUUCUUUCUCAUAUCACUAGUUAUAUUUUACAAGUUGAUGAUAAAAAUAUUCUUCAAUACCAGAAGAUGGGCUUUCGCGUGCGAUCUUCUUUGAUACCCAUUUUAUCCAUCAAGUCCAUUUCGAAGGUCUUGAGUUCGGGC